GUCCCUCCCGCCGCGGCUGCCAGCCCCGCCGGCACCAUGGGCUGCUGCUGCCGCCUCCUCCUCGCUCUCCUCCUCCUCCCGGCAGGGCUGGGUGAUGACUCCACAGCAUCACCACUUGGCCCCACCAGCCCUCCCUUCUCCUCUGAGGGGAUCCUAGAGGUGCCAGUCUUCAAGGAUGCUGCUGUCUCCACACCAGUUCCUGGCCAGCCCUCGCUGCCCAUGCCCACUGAGCCUGCUGAAGAUGGGAUGUCCUCUGGGCCAGUGAAGGGAGAUGACCACAAUGCCACCACCACAGCUGCACUGUCCCCCACUCCUGCCCCUGUGAGCUCCAUCAGCACAGCAGACAGCCCAUCUGUAGCCUCCAACCCCAACUUGGUGCCAUCAACCUUGGAGACAAGCCCAGAGCUUUGGACAGCAAAUACUGCCAGCCUGACAAGGGGCACAACACAGCUCGGGGCAGCUUCCAGCCUCCCAGGUGUACCUGCAUCACCCUCCUCCUCCCUGCCCACCACUGACCUCUACUCAUCCCCUGGGACAUUCUUGUCCCCAACACCUGUCCUCCUGAACCCCAGCACCACCCAGACACCAGCACUGACCAAGGAUGUCCCUCCUGUGGGGACAAUGGCCAUGGCUUCAAGCCUGGCCACGGAGCCAAAGUCCCCCCCAGUGACUGUGAUGAGCCCCACUGCAGCUGAAGCCACAGCCAACAGCAAACCCACCCUGUCCACUGGAGUCAUCAUGGAAGAGGUCCCACGGGCCUUGAGCACAGGGAGCAUCGUGGCCAUUACCGUGACAGUCAUCGUGGUGGUGGUGCUGGUUUUUGGAGCAGCAGCAUACCUCAAGAUCAGGCACUCCUCCUACGGCAGGCUUCUGGAUGACCACGACUAUGGCUCCUGGGGCAACUACAACAACCCUCUUUAUGAUGACUCCUAG